AUGGGAUCCACAGAGCAGCUCCCCAAGAUGCAGUACCGGUUCCUUGGUCGGUCUGGUCUACAAGUAUCAGUCAUUAGUUUGGGUGGAUGGGUCACGUAUGGCGGCCACGUCGGCGACCAGAUUGCUUUUGACUGCAUGAAGGCUGCUUACGAUGCCGGUAUCAAUUUCUUCGAUUGUGCAGAAGCUUAUGCAGAAGGGAAAUCAGAGAUUGUCAUGGGACAGGCCAUCAAGAAAUAUGGUUGGAAGCGCAACGACCUGGUAAUAUCGACCAAGAUCAAUUGGGGCGGCGCUUUUGGUAACAAUCCAGUCAACAAUGGAGGCCUUUCGAGAAAACAUCUGAUCGAGGGCACCAAUGCUGCUCUGGAGCGUCUACAACUCGACUAUGUUGACCUUCUCUACUGCCAUAGACCAGAUCGAAAUACCCCGAUGGAGGAGACUGUCCGAGCCAUGAACUACCUAAUCAAUACUGGCAAAGCUUUCUACUGGGGCACAAGCGAGUGGAACAGCGAGGAGAUCGCCAUGGCCUGGGCUUGCGCAGAGCGUCUCAACCUCAUUGGCCCUGUGAUGGAACAGCCACAAUACAACCUCCUCGCACGCGAGAAAGUCGAAAAGGAGUUCGCUCUGUUGUACGAGUACUACGGCCUCGGCCUGACCAUUUUCAGCCCUCUAAAAACAGGCAUCCUGACAGGAAAGUACAAUGAUGGAAUUCCCGACGACAGCAGAUACGCAUCGGCCAAAGAUGCCUUCAGCAGUAACAAAGCCAAGUCCUAUGGUGACGCCACAUGGCAACACGAUAUCGAGCAGACAAAGAAGCUACAGCCUAUUGCCGAGAAGUUGGGUACGGAUAUGACGAGUUUGGCUUAUGCUUGGAUCCUCAAGAAUCCUAAUGUCAGCUCUGCGAUUACCGGUGCUUCAAAGAUUGAACAGGUUACAAAGGCAGUGCAAUCAUUGAGUGUGAUUGAGAAGCUUACACCAGAAAUCAUGAACGAGAUAGAUGAGACGCUGGGCAACAAGCCAGCUCCGCUUACGAGAAGGUUCUAA